AGGGGACAUCCUCAGAGAGGCAUCCAAGACCUGAGGAGGAUAGACAAGAAGAGAGUGGGAGAGAUACCACCACCCAAGAAAGACAACCUCAAAGUCAGGACAGAAAAGGCGCAAGGACCCAUCAGAGGCAGCUGAAGCCAGGCUCAACCGCUGAACGUCCCCAUGGGCUUUCAGGGGCCAUGGUUGUAUACUUGUCUCCUUUGGGCCACAGUAGCCAGCCUGCUGGUCCCUCCAGUGGUGACCCAGGAGCUGAGAGGGGCUGGGCUAGGCCUCGGCAACUGGAACAACAAUGCAGGCAUCCCUGGGUCUUCAGAGGACAUGUCAGCUGAGUUUGGCCACCACAUCCACAGCCAUGGGGGCCAUCGAGAUGAGAAGGAUAGAGAUCACAGGCAAGAGGAUGAAGAUUUCUCCAGGGAAUAUGGCCACCAGCUCCAAGACCACAGGUACCCUGGUCACGAGGUUGGAGAGGAGAAUGUCUCUGAAGAGGUCUUUAGAGGGCAUGUUAGACAGGCCCAUGGGCAUGACAAUGAAGAUUUGGGGGACUCAGCAGAGUCUGAGAACCACUUCCCCAGACAGAGGAGUCACAGCCUUGACGAUGAAGAUGAGGAUAACAUUUUCUCCAGUGAGAAUCACCAUCACAUCGCCAGCCAUGUUCACCACGGCCAUGGAGGGGCAGAUGAUGAUGGAGAGCAGGAGGAGGGGGUAGGAGUGGAGGAGGACUCCUCUGAGGAUAAGCACCAGGCCCAUGGUCACCACAGCUACUCAAAGGAAGGAGAUGAAGUGGGUUCAGAUGAACACCAUCAUGCCCACAGCCACAGACAUGGAGGCCACAAAGAUGGAGAUGAAGAUGUUGACUCCAGUGAAUCUGGACACCAGGCCCAGGGCCACCAAGGCCACAAAGAUGAAGAAGACGAAGAAGAGGAUGAUAAUGACGACUCCACUGAGCGUGGGCACCAGACCCAAGGCCACAGAAAGGAAGAAGAUGAUGAGUCAGAUGAAGACCAUUAUCACAUCUCCAGGCAUGGACACCGAGGCCAUGAUGAUGAUGAUGAUGAUGAUGAUGACUCCACUGAGCGUGGGUACCAGACCCAAGGCCACAGAAAGGAAGAAGAUGAGGAUGAGUCAGAUGAAGACCAUUAUCACAUCUCCAGGCAUGGACACCGAGGCCAUGAUGAUAAUGAUGAUGAUGAUGAUGGCGGCUCCACUGAGCAUGGGCACCAGACCCACAGACACAGAGGUGAGGAGAAGGAAGAAGAUGAGGAUGACUCAGAUGAAGACUACCAUCGUGUCCCCAGCCAUGGCCAUCAAAGUCACCAAGAUGAGGAAGAGGAAGAUGAGGCUGUAUCCACUGAACAUUGGCACCAGUCUCCCAGACAUACUCACCGUAGUCUCGGAAGUGAGAGUCAAGAAGAGGAGGUAACAGUCAAGUUCAGCCACCAACCCCAAGGCCACAAGUCUGACGAGGAGGAGGACUUCCCAGAAGAAUAUAUGACAGAAGUCCCUGGCCAUCACCACCACAGAGUCUCCAGGGAGGGAGACGAGGACAUUUCUGCUGAGUUAGGCCACAAGGACCCCAGCCACAGGCCACAAGAUCAAGAUGAACAGACUAGCCAGGGUCACAGAGAGUCUGUCCAAGGUGACAUUGGCCAUCAGCCCCUGCAGCCCACAGGGGCUGGUUCUGAAGAAUCAAAGAAGGAAGUUGACCAUAACUCUCAAGAGGGCGAUGAAGACUCAGGGCAGAGCAAAGGAGCCCACAGCGAGGAGGAGGACGAGGAGGACGAGGACGAGGAGGGUCAUGGCCUCCCCAUGAGCCAGGAAGAUGAGGAAGAGGAAGAAAAAGAUGAGAAAGAGAGCAGAGAAGACAGAGCUGAGGUUCAGACUCCCCUGAGCCAUCACAGAAAGCAGGAGGAGGAGUCUGAGGAGGAGGAGGAGGAGAUCUUGGAAGAAAAUCUGCUACCGUUCACCAUCAUCCCAAACCCCCUGGCUGGGAGGGAGGUGGCCAGAGAAGGCUCCAGUGAGGAGGAGAGCCGUGAGGUCACAGGUCAGCACGAUGCCCAGGAGUACGAGAACUACCAGCCAGGGUCCCUGUGUGGCUACUGUUCUUUCUGCAAUAGAUGUACUGAAUGUGAGAGCUGUCACUGUGAUGAGGAGAACCUGGGGGAACACUGUGACCAGUGUCAGCACUGCCAGUUCUGCUACCUCUGCCCACUGGUCUGUGAAACGCUCUGCACUCCAGGAAGCUACAUCGACUAUUUCUCCUCCUCCCUGUAUCAAGCCCUGGCUGACAUGCUGGAGACUCCGGAGCCCUGA